GGCAAGAUCAUCUUCAUGUAGGUAUUGACUAUUUAGGGCGUUUCGUUCGAAGGACUAUAUGAAGGACUAUAAUGUCUCUCCCAAUGAAGCAUUUAUAUACACUUCUUGCAUGGCCGAUGCAUACAAAGUGCUGCAAAACGGAUAGAGUAUUGUACGAUACGUGCGUCCUACUAGAUUUACAGAAGCGUUUCUGGAAGAGAAUGGAGGAAAGCCAAAGAGAAGCUGUGUACAAAUAAACACGACCGCUUUCCAGCAGACCCCUAAGCAUUGGCUUUGCGUGAAGUGAUAUCAGCACACUCCUGCGCACAUUUCUUAAUGUGUGACGACUCGAUGCUUAGCCAUCGCAUGGG